CCAAAGUGCCCCAUUCACCCAUCGUCUUCCUUGUAAGCCCAAUGAACGCUAUCCUCCCCUGUUCCUCCUCCACCCAACACCCCCUACUCCUCCGUCCCCCUUACCCACAACACCACCUACGCCUCCGCGUCUGACUCUCUCUAUCUGUAUGCCCUCAUAUCUACACCGCCAUUACAUUCCCUUCCACCCGAUUUUGACUCUAGGUUUCCCCGUUCCGGAGCUCCAUGUGGUAUGCUCGGUGCUUUCAUGAAUCUCCUCUCGCUGUGCUGGAGCAAUAAUACUGACAGUGCUAACACUAGCGGCGGAGGCGGCGGCGGUUACGGCAGCUCCUCCAAUGGCGCGGCGUUCGGGAGAGACGGGCUGUUGUGGUAUCACGAAAUCGGAAAGUACGGGAGCGGGGAGUUCUCGAUGGCCGUCGUGCAGGCCAAUCGGGUCCUCGAGGAUCAGAGCCAGAUUGAGUCGGGUCGGUUCGGGACUCUCGUUGGAGUCUACGAUGGACAUGGCGGCCCUGAUGCUGCUCGAUACGUCUGCGACAACCUGUUUCGCCACUUCCAAGCAUUAUCAGACGAGAAUAACAGUGUUGUAACUGCUGAUAUAAUCCAAAGGGCAUUUUCAGAGACUGAGAGAGGGUUCACUGCCCUUGUUUCAGAGCAGUGGAAUUCUCAACCCAAUUUGGCAACAGUUGGUACAUGCUGCCUCGUUGGAGUUAUAUCUCAGCAGACUCUCUUUGUGGCAAGUCUUGGGGAUUCUCGUCUUGUGCUUGGGAAGAAGGUAGGUAGCACAGGGGAAAUUGCUGCUCUCCAGCUCUCUGAAGAGCAUAAUGCUAACCUCGCAGCUGUUAGACAGGACCUCAAAAUGUCACAUCCAAAUGAUCCUCAAAUUGUUGUUCUCAAACACGGGGUUUGGAGAGUUAAAGGCAUAAUUCAGAUCUCAAGAUCUAUCGGCGAUGUGUAUUUGAAACAUCCGCAAUUUAACACGGAACAAAUAAAUGCGAAAUUCAGAGUUCCAGAGCCUAUGGACAUGCCAUUCUUGUCUGCUACCCCAUCCAUUUUAAUUCAUCCUCUAGACCCUAACGAUUCUUUCCUCAUAUUUGCUUCUGAUGGCUUAUGGGAACAUUUGAGUAAUGAAAAGGCCGUAGAUAUUGUUAAUCGCCACCCACGCAAUGGGAGUGCAAAGCGGCUGAUCAAGGCCGCUCUCCAAGAAGCUGCGAAAAAGAGAGAGAUGCGCUACUCGGAUCUUCAUAAAAUCGACAAAAAAGUGAGACGGCAUUUCCAUGAUGAUAUAACUGUCAUUGUUUUAUUCUUAAACCAUGACCUCAUCUCCAAAGGCAUGGUUCAGGACCCCCCUCUUUCCAUCAGAAGUGCUCUUGAACAUUAACAACAGAGCAACACCAGUCACUUAUAUGUUGGUUAUUCCAUUCCAUUUUGAUCAAUGUAGACUGAAGCAAUGAGUUCAGUAGAUUUGUUUUAUGAAUAUUUCUUUUUUUUUUUGUAAUUUGUCCAUACGGACAGAAAGUGAUUGAAUAACCAUUUGUUUUCAGCACUUUGAGAGAAUAUCAAUUACGUUCCAUUCACACGUUUGGUUCGAAUAGCGACUGAUUAAAAAUAUUA